AUGGUGUUAAUCCUCCUCGGCAGCGGUCCCAAAGAAACCCGAGAAACAAAAGUCUUGCACAGAAACCUACUCACAUCAGUCUCUGUUUUCUUCUCUGCAGGUCUAAGUUCCUCGUUCAAAGAAUCCGAGACCGGAGUUUUUGAACUAGAAGAGGAAGAUCCUGCUACGUUCUCGAUUUUUGAACAAUGGGUUUAUAAAGAUCGUUUGUUUAUCAAUAGGACAACCGGAGACGAUGAUCAAGAAUGGGACUGUCUACCUCGUCUUUAUACACUUGGUGAACGCCUCGACGCACCAAAAUUCAAAGACGCCGUCAUCAACGCCAUCAUCGAAAAAGUAAACGAGAGCAAAGUGAUCCCUGAUACUUGGGCUUCUUACGUAUACCAAAACACCGUCUCGGCUUGUGCGUUGCGAAGACUGAUUGUGGAUUUUCAUGUCUUUGCGCAGAAGGGAAGGUUGUUGAAGAGGGGGGCUUGUCCUGAUGCUGAGGAACCUGAGGAGCAGUUUUUGUGGGAUGUGGUGGUGAGGAUGGGGGAGGUUGGACAGCAGGUGUUCGGGGAGAAGGCUGACAUGCCUUGGGUCGAUGCUUGUGUCUAUCAUGAGCAUGGUGAGGGGGUUUGUCAUUUGGCUGAAGACAAUGAUGCUGCUGCUCAGCCCACUCCAAGCAGACCUCUUAGACGCAGUACCAGGAUCCCCAGCACUUUCAGCCCGUACGACACCAAGGGUUACAGGGUCUAG